GAUGUCACGGAGAGGCACGGGGCCCCCUAUAAGCAAUGCCAGGGAGCGUCCCUUGCUCACUUCACACGGUGGGGUGACCCGCGAACCCACACGCUCGCUCCACCGUCGACUAUUUGUGGAAGUCGCGGGGUCUGAAAGCAGCGCCGCUUUUGUCCGGACAACAGCCGUCGCCAGCCUUCCCUGAGCCAUGCAGGGCCAACGCACAGGCCCCUUGCUGUGGAUGCUAAGUCUGCUUGCUGUGCAGGUGCUGUGGACAUCUGUGUCAGCCUGUCCAGAGCAGGGCUCCCACCACGGAGAUGACUCGCACAAUGACACGCGACGCUGCAAGGAGAGCGUGCAGCAUGGGGAGGGAACACCCCAGCCAGAGGUCCAUCAUCUUGAAGAUAGGAAACCACUCGCGGUCAGGGUGAAGCAUCCGGGCGACGCCGGCAACCCGGCGGUGCACCCGCGCUCCCCCGUGGUGCUGCGCUGGGAUGACCUCGUGCUCAGGACUGGGUCAUCGCGCCGACAGAAGCGCCAGUGGAACAUCCCGCUCAUCAGCCUCUCCGAGAACUCACUCGGACCCUUCCCGGAGUUCCUCGUCUCUAUCGAGUCGGACAAGUCCGUGACCUACGACCUGCGCUACAGCAUCACGGGGAGUGGAGCGGACCAGGACCCUGUCGGGCUCUUCAUCAUCGACAGCAACACCGGAGAGCUCAAAGUGACGCGCUCCAUCGACAGGGAGGAGCACCAGAUGUUCAGGCUUAAAGGCCACGCCAUAUCCACCAGUGGCCUGCAAGUGGAGGAUCCAUGCGACCUGAAGAUCACCAUCAUUGACCAGAACGACAACCCGCCCGUCUUCAACAUCUCCUUCCAGGGCGCCGUCAAGGAGGGGUCUCCGCCCGGCACCAUGGUGAUGCAAUUGAUUGCCACGGACCGGGAUGACCCGAAAACGGCAAACGCGCGGCUCUUCUACAAGAUUCUGAGCCAGACUCCGUCAGGAAAAUUGUUCGCUGUCAACGAGAAGACGGGCAUCGUCACCACAUUAUCCAGCGGCCUCGAUCGCGAGACCACAUCGAGCUACUCGCUGUCCGUGAUGGCGACGGACAGCAUCGGCGCAGGCCACGGCCUGAGCAGCAUGGCCUCCUACACCGUCCGCCUCAUCGACAUCAACGACAACGCCCCCGCCUUCAACAGCAAGAGCUUCUCGGGCACGGCGGUGGAGAACAUGGUGGGCGCCACGGUGGCCACGAUCGCCUGCAGCGACCGCGACGAAGAGUUCUCCGCGAACUGGCGCGCCGUCUACACCAUCGUGAGCGGCAACAGCGGCGGCUGGUUCGCCGUGCACACCGACCCCAAGACCAACCAGGGAGUCAUCACCACCAUCAAGGCGCUGGACUACGAGUCCAUGCAGAAGGCGCAACUGGGCGUCUCCGUGCAGAACGAGGUGCCGCUCCUAACCAGCACGGGCCAGGUCAUCUCGGGCUACAAGUACGACUCUAGCACCGUGUCGGUGACCGUGCUUAACCAGGCCGAGGGGCCCGUGUUCAUGCCGCCGGAGCGCCGGGUCUCCAUCGCCGAGGGCGUCGCCGUAGCAACGCUGCUCACCACCUUCACGGCCCAGGACGGAGACAGGGACCCCAAUGCUCGGAUUCGAUACCAGAAAAUCAUGGACCCCGCAAACUGGCUGCGCAUCGACCCUGUGACCGGCGCGGUGUACACCACCGCCGUGCUCGACCGCGAGAGCCCGUACGUGCACAACAACACCUACACCGCCACCAUCCUGGCCAUCAAGGACGGCCCUCCGUCGAUGACGUCGACAGGAACGCUCGUGCUGGCAGUGCAGGACAUCAACGACCAUGCGCCCGCGUUGCUCAAUGGCAACGUGACAUCGUGCACCAGAGACGACCCGACGCAGGCCAACAUCACGGCCAUCGACCGGGACAACUACCCCAACGCCGGGCCCCUGCGCUUCGAAGUGGUCGGAAACGAGGCACAGGCUUUGUGGGCCAUACAGCCCAUUGACGACCGCUCGGCGUACAUCGUGUACCGCAACGGGAAGGCGCCUCACCACAUCCACGAGGUUCCUGUGCGCAUCCAAGACCGGCAGGGCAAGGCCAGCGAGCACAUGGUGCACGUGGGCAUUUGCGAGUGCUUCGACAACUCGGACGUGUGCAAGCAGUGGCCCUUCGUGCCUCCUGCUCCCCUGGUGGGCGGAGCCGGGCUGAGCCCAGGGGCAAUCGCUGCCCUCGUCCUCUCACUCCUCCUGCUGCCUCUCCUCGCGCUGCUGCUCAUGCUGCUCUUCUCCAAGUGCUGCCCCAUGGGUGUGGCCGGCGCCGGUGGGGCCGGGAAAGGGAAGCUCUUCAUGGUUCCCGCGGACGACGGCAUCAAGGGUUCCCUCAUGUCGUACCACGACGAGGGGGCCGGAGAAGUGGACAAGAAUAUGGCCCUGUCGUCCCUGCACGGGUCCCACGUGCACAAAAACGGGGGCUCCGUCGCGUCCGACGCCACCAUCUCCAGGCUCAACCAAAUGGUCGACGGCUCUGCGGUCGGGGGCAUGGCGGCCGGCGCUGCCGCGGCGGCGGCGGCGGCGGCUGGCGGGGCGGCAAUGGGCGCCGGAAUGGCGGGGGCCAGCGGGUCGUCGGAGACGCGGAACGAAGUCACCAAGACGGUCACCACGACUCGGUCCUCGUCGGGGGCCCACAGCGCAUCGGGGCACGCGGCCGGGGCGGCCGGGGCGGCAGGGGCGGCCGGGGCGGCAGGGGCGAGUCUGAUGGCAGGGGCGGCGGGGAUGGGGCAGGGCAGGUCAGCGGGAGGGGACGUGCAUUCCGGCUACGCCACCACGCGCUCGCACGGUUACUCUACCGGCGGGCGUUAUGGCGCUGGCGCCGCUGGGUUCGACGGCACGGAGGUUUACGGCGCUGACUAUGGGCUGUCGGACCACGGAACCUGGGCCCACCCGGGGAGGCUGCGUCGAGUGGAGGCUCCUCCCGUCAUCACCGAGUCCACCUCGUCAUACCACUACCGCUCGCUGCAGAGUCACAGGGAGGGAGUCAAGAACGUGGAACUCUUCCUCGGAGAGGCCAAGAGCCUGGCCGACAGGGACCCCUCAGCGCCCCCGUACGAGACACUUCUGAUUUACGACUACGAGGGCAACGCCACCCCUACCGACUCACUCUCCGUCUGCUCGGUCAUCGUGGACGAGGAAGCCAGGACAUCGCGGUUGAUCUCCUAAGGGCCCGCACCGCCCUUCUCAAUGGCUUCAUCGUCAUCCAACAGUUUUUUUGGUUAUUUUGGUUUAGGUCCCCGAUGACGCUGGCGCAGCAUACGAAACACCGGACCGACGACACGUGCCGUUUUUCUUUUUCAGUGUUUUUUUUGGGGGGGAAUUCGUUUAAUUGAUAGCACUCGCGAAAAGUGCUUUUCGCUGGUUUUGUAACAGUUUUUGUUUGUUUAGGCCAGUACUGUUUACUGACAAUUCAAUCGCAAGAUUCAUUGAAUGGAUUGUAAUUAAGACUGAAAAAAACUGGGAAAGUAUUAGAAAACCCAUUGUCUGUACAUCUUAAGCAGUUUGCGCAGCGACUGUACAUUACCACAUCCAGCCGGUCAGUUUAAGAAAAUGCAGAACACAUUUAUGCAAACAAUCACCUGCUUUAGACAAAAUAAUAUCAAUAAAGUAUUAUUAAGGCUGUUACCUCUGAAACUAAGUUUCGGGCUGCCUUUAUCAUUUGAACAAAAGUUAGCGGGAAUAUGGGAAUGUUUCUCCGUGGAUUUUGACAUUAAGCAUAGCUUGUAAAUCCACAUUGCAGUUAAUUGUUUUUUUUAUUAAUGUUAAUUUUUUUUGUCAAUGAAAUCUCAUUUUUGGGCCAAGACGUUUUAUGUACAAAACAAAAAAAAUCAACAAAGUUUUUGUAAACAACAGUUCUCAAGUACGGUUUAAAUCGAUCACACCAUUUCAAAAAUGAAGGUUUAUUUUUUUGUAACUGGAUGACUAUUUAUUUGCAAUCGGCGACAUUCUUACGGGGGAAUCUUACGGUUAUCUACAUUGCAACAGAAUAACAUCCUACUUCAUAUUAACUUAAUUUGCGAGUGUUCUUCACAUUAAUUGGCACCAUUGCAAUGCUUUAUCUUUCAAAAAUACGUUGGUUUAAAAGAAAUGUAAAAAUGUUAUCGAUUUCCCCCUCCCACCCCUUCCUCUCCCCACACCCCUUGCCAACAAAGCUACUAACCCGGUGCGCAUAUGAGGCUGGAAGAACAAGUUGCUUCACUGCUUUCUUGUGGAAAUAUUGUAACUCAAGGGGAUACCAUGUACACUUUCGCUGGAGGUUAGAGAAGACUUGGUCACAUUGUGCUCUUGCAGAGUGAUAAACCCAUGCACGCGCAUUUGUCAUCAGUGCUCCAAAUAAGCAGCGUUUACUGGGAAUUCCGCUCAUUAAACGCACGUGGAUUUUUUUUUUUUGUUGCGUGGCAUUAUCAAUGUGACGCGUGGCAGUGGCAUUUAGCAAAAAAAAAUAUCGCUCCGAGCAGGACGAUCAAGGCUCGAAAGGAGGGCCCGCGUGAUGUGUUGAGCACGAUGCGUCUGACGGUUCCCUGGGUGCCAGAACCCUAUGGGCCCACUGGCAGGGCUGGGGCCUGUCGGGCUUGAAUUGGCGGUCCGCGUGAUCCUAGCGGCCCAUGAGGAGGCGUCCGUCUGUAGUUUGUGUUUCUUUAGGAUUUAAACAAAAACAAAGAACUUAAUUUCUUUUUUGAAACAGUCUCAUUGAGAAACUUUGAGGUUGUACCAACUUUUUGUAUCGUACAAAGAACCAUUUCUGUUAAAAUGUAAGGCUCUACCAUACGCUGGCAUUGAGAGAUUGUGCAGUAUUUCUCUAAAGUCCUCACGACGUCAAAGUAAUGUUGCAUGACCCUUAUCUGGAGCGCUGGUUGUCACCCACACCCCACUUUACAAAACACUCACACAUUCCCUGUCAAACUGAUGGUGUAACUUCGUUAAACGGUCAUACCUUAAAAUAAAACAAGGUGUCGUGGCAUACGUGAUUAAUAAUUUUAAUUGAAGGAGCAACAUGAAACGAGGAUGUAAGAUACAAAACGUAGUUUUCCAUUUCACUUACAAAUUUACCAAAACAUAACUGUUGCGAAUGCAUUGUUUUUAAAGUUAUGCUUCCGCAGUACUGUAGGUUGUAGCUGCAAUUACUCUGCUACUCAGCAUUAUGGUACUUUACCCGUACCACUCUCCUAUAGGAUGCAUGCACGCUAUGCACAGUGACCACGGACCACCAAGCUGGCUUCGAAUGCCACAAUUAUUUUACAGUAUUUCAAUAUUAUUCACCCCGUCACGGCUUUUGGUUUUGAGUUCAUUUCAGCGAGCAUUGAGCCAACAGCCGUGCCAUUGAGGCCCCCAGGCACGCAGAUUCAUGUUUGUGCCAGGAAUGUUCAGAUAUUCUUUUAUUUGCUCAAUGCGCUUCACUGCUUUCGAUUACGACAGCAGAGAAGGUGGCGAAAGACACGCUCAAGGAUUGAACCUCUGUUGCAAGUUAAGUCUUGAAUAUUGAACUUGCACAUAAUGAUUAUAGCCAUGGAACUGCACUGAUUUGCCAUUCACGGUUUAUCGAUGACUGCGUGCAAAAUGGAGAAACGGCUUCACAAAGGGCAUUCUCUACAAUCGGAGCGCAGCCUAAACAACGGAGUCCGGUGCUGAGGGGUGAACAAAGCUUUGCUUUGCUUAUGUUUGUUAUAUAUAUAAAGGAUGUGUAAUUUCCGCUAACACUCCUGCAUUUUGUGUUUGUGCGCGUGUGUUUUUAUCCAUGUUUUAUCUGGUGUUUUUACACGCUUUUGCUGCCUUCUGUACUCAUUUUUCUUUUAAAGAAGUAAUUAUUACGUGGAUCUGCUACGAUUCACUCUUUGGUGGGGGGGGGGGGUAAUGCUUGUGCCUACUCAUCCAAAGAUAAGUGUAAUUCGUGAAUGUAUGUACGUUGAACUUCGUUCACACCGUACGUAGCCAUCCGUGCGAAUGUUUUUAACAUUGUCAACUUGUAAUGCGCCGCACAGCAUUCGCUCACUCUGGGAGAGAAUGAAUCGGAGGCACGGAGAAUCACACGCAAGCGGGAAGGCAGCUACGCGGGAGGGGGGUCGGCGUCAACAAUUGCUGCCACAGCUCUGCGGCCCUCCACAUAUAUUAAUUAAGGUUGUCAUCGGCCAAAUUACUGAGUGUGGUUUACAUGUGGGAGGAAACUGGAGCAUCCGGAGGGGGGGGGGAAACACUUCGUAGCCCAAACGUACGGGGAAAUGUGUGGAGUCCACAUUUCCCCCCCCCCCCCCCGCUGCUGCUGCCUUUACUCAUCGUGAGCCACGCUUACGGGGGACACCUCGGCGCUCACGGGAAGGCAGCUUCAACAACAAUCGUACGAUUCCACCAACUCUUCGCUGCCGCAUUUAACGGGCGUGAUCAAUACGCAACGCAGACUGCAUGUUUUGUUAUUGUUGCGACCCGCCCCCCCCCUCUGCAAGGAUGUAUUUUUCAUGAGUGAUGCCGGUGAAUGAUUUAUGCACUGCUCCGUUACCAUGUUAAACGUCGAGGACAAAAAAUUUGCUCCGUAAAUAAAUAAAUAGAACCGCGUGCUCAUGCAA